AUGCCUAAGCAAAUUAAGCCCCAAAAUAUUCGCAAUAAACGCAACAAAUCCAAUACACGCGAAAUUCAGGUGACUUUACCUGAUAUUGAAAUAGGAUCUCUACUUCCACCUCCUAUAACCAUUGAAUAUCUUUGUAGUCUCAAUAAUUUCUCUCCUCAUGACAAUAAACCGGGUCAAACUCCCAAUGCAUUCAUCAUUUAUAAAAUGGCUCUUCAUAAUGUACUUAAAGAACUUAAUAAAUCCUAUUCACUUGAAAAAUUUUCUAAACUAGCGAGUAAAAAAUGGAAAAAUGAAUCGGAACAUGUAAAACUUGCUUAUAAAAGGUUGGCUGCUGACGUGAAAUUAGAACGUAAAAAGAUACAUCCAUUUAUUUUUUUACAAGAUAAAGUUAAGGAAAAUUAUGAAACAGUUGAUUCUGGUCAGCUGAUUGAUGUUAAUCAAGUAACUGAUGGUAACAAGGACCAUGUGGAAAUUGAAGUGGCUAAAGUUAGUCAGGUGGAUAAUGCAAUACAAGCGGCUGGUGGUGUUGAGGCUAAUCAGAUGAUUAAUGUUAUCCAAAUGACAAACGUUAAUGAUAAUCAAAUGAUUAAUACUCAGGUGGCUGACGCUUGUCAAACUAGAGGGAAUCAUAUUAUCAAAGAGCUUUAUACGCCUAAGUCUGAUGACAUCUCAGCUGACUAUUUUUCAGAUAGUGAUAGUUUAUCUACGCCUUCUUAUAUUGAUCCGUUCAAUGAAACAAAUCAUUAUUUAUACAAUUCAUACUAUAUUUGCAAUUUUGGUAACGAUACGCUUUAUUAUUGGGGUAUUCCUCCCAACUCUCCUGAGU